CUUCCUUUUAAAAAGCCCACUACCAAUGAUCGUUGCAAACCCUCUCUCGUGUCUAUCAUUCUCUCUCUCUCUCUCUCUCUCUCUCACUCACUCUCUCUCUUAUUAUUCUCUCGUACUCGCCCUUUUCCUUCCUCUUUAACAAAAGCCUUUAUUUAUAGACUUUGGCAAGUUUAUCUUCCUAUUCUAUACGUGGAUGUUUAUUAAAAAAGAAGUCGUUAGUAAUUGUUUCUCUUGCAUAGAAAGUGUAAAAAAAAUAAAACUAGUGGUGUGAAAAAAUAAAGAGAAAGAAAAGAAAAAGUGAGGAAAUAAGAAUAGGAGUAAACGCUUUGAAAAGAAAAUCUAUCGCAUUUUUGUCUGCCAUUCGUGUGACGGUAGUGUGAAAAUGUCAGACUACUGGUGAUUCAUUCCUUCAUUAACUCGUCUUUCAUUCGUUUCUCCGAGACGUUCUGUUUGACGAGUAGGUGAGUGUUUUCGCGCUUUUUUUUUAAUCCUACAUUAUGGUUUCUACUUAUCGAAAUAGUUAUUUACCUGAAUAUAUCGCUAAUUAGUAUUCAUUUUCAAUAGGAAUAUUUAUUUUUGUAUAUUAAGGAUAUAUCGUGUUUUGAAGGUUAAGUAACAUUCGAAAUUGUACGUUGAUUCGUCACCGAUGGAAGCCCUUUAAUUUUAAAUACCCCAGAUGAUGGAGGAAGUAUUGAAUCGUGGCAGUACGCCAUCCAAAGAAACUUGUUUUCCAGAUAAUAAUUCAACAGAUAUCAAUUCUACGCCUACAUCUAAUUCGGAUGAAAGAAUAUCAGAUGGCAAUGUACGACAGUCACUGAAUGCCAGAACUCCAUCUACUAAAAAGGCUAAAAGAGUGAGAUUUUUUAGAAAUGGUGACAAGUUUUAUACCGGUGUUGUUAUGGCAGUAACGCAUGAAAGAUAUCGUAGCUUUGAUAGUUUAGCUUCUGACUUAACAAGAGCCUUAGUAUCAAGUGUGACAUUACCUAAUGGAGUUCGAGCUAUUUAUACCAUGGAUGGAAGAAAGAUACAAAAUAUUUCCGAAUUAGAAGAUGGUAAAUGCUAUGUAGUUUCUGGACAAGGAGAAAUCUUUAAAAAGGUCGAAUAUUCAUCGUCAAAAGUAAAAAGAGGAAGCUCUCUUUCCGGCUUACCUCAAACUGCAGCUGCUACUGGUAGACAAAUAAGCGCUAUUCCUUUGUGCGUAAAAGCAAGAAUAGUAACAUUGAUAAGACAUGGUACUAAACCAAGAAAGGUAGUACGUCUUUUAUUAAAUAAGAGAAAUGCACCAAGUUUGGAACACGUAAUGGAAGCUAUUACGGAAGUGGUAAAGCUUGAUUCUGGAGCUGUAAGAAAAGUAUAUACUUCAUCUGGUCAGCAAGUUACUUCUUUGGAACAAUUUUUUGAAAAUGACGAUAUCUUUUUGGCAUAUGGAACGGAAAAAUCAAAUCAAGAAGAUUUUGAAUUAGAUUUUGAAGAAUCCAAAUGCGUCCAAAGUUUUCGUAGAUGUCCAUGGAUUUCAAAUAGGCAAAAUGGUCCAAUGCCAAGAAUGCCACGAAAAUCUGGGAAAAAGGUUCUUACUACUCCUCAAGUCAGAACACCAAGUCCAUCUUCAUUAAUUUUACCUCAACCACUACGUUUACAUUAUGCCGUGGGACAUGUAAUCGGAGAUGGAAAUUUUGCUAUAGUAAGACAUUGCAUUCAUAAAGCUACAGGGGCAGAGUAUGCUAUGAAAAUAGUCGAUAAGUAUAAGUGUCAAGGAAAAGAAACAAUGUUAGCGAGUGAAGUUGCAAUUUUGCGUCAGGUAUGUCAUCCAAACAUAAUUAGUUUGGUUGCAGAACAAGAAACAAUGGAUCAGUUGUUUUUGGUCAUGGAACUUGUCAAGGGUGGUGAUUUAUUUGAUGCAAUAGCCGCUGCAACCAAAUUUUCAGAAGCCGAAGCCAGUGUAAUGAUAGGACAUUUAACAUCUGCUUUAGCAUAUUUACACUCUCAUCAUAUUGUACAUCGUGAUGUUAAGCCUGAAAAUCUUUUAGUUGAAAUGGAGGGUAGUCAUGUACGGUGUUUAAAAUUAGGAGAUUUUGGACUCGCACAAAUAGUGAGAGAAAAUCUUUAUACUGUUUGCGGAACGCCGACAUAUGUAGCACCUGAGAUACUUGCCGAAACUGGAUAUGGAUUAAAAAUUGAUGUCUGGGCAGCUGGAGUAAUUUUAUACAUUUUAUUAUGUGGUUUUCCACCAUUUGUUUCGCCAGAAAAUGAACAGGAAGAAUUAUUUGAACGUAUUUUAAGUGGUCAAUAUGAGUUCACCUCACCUUACUGGGAUACAAUCUCGAAUUCUGCUAAACAAUUGAUCACAAAUAUGCUUCAAGCGCAACCAGAACUAAGGUUCAGUGCAGAAGAUGUACUUGAUCAUCCAUGGUUAGCGCAGAGCUUUCUAGGAGGCAAGCAGACCUCAACAACAUCUACCGACUCGACGGAGCAAUACGGGGAUCAGCAGUGUAAGCCGAUAAGGCUAGCCACAUUUGAGUUUGAUUAUAAGAAGCAACGAAAGCACAAUGAUUCUCAAGAAAAAGCGAAUAAUAUUGAUAAUAGUGAAAGACCUAAUCAAAAUAAUAUACCAUCAUCCUUAGAUGAUAAUUUCAUUAUUUAUAUGAAUCGUUAUCAACUAAGAGCUUUGGAUAGUAAAGAUGAUGAAAUAGAUUUGAUCGGCGUUGAUGGCGUUGAUGGCGUUGAUGGCGAAAAUGGACCUAUGUCUCUUAGUGCUGAUUGUUUGCAAGAUAUUCAUACUCUUGAUCAAUCUUUGCACAAUCUUAUAAAUACUCUUAACAAAAAUGAACAUCUUGAAGAUCCUUUAAGAUUAUCACAUAGUACAACUUCUUCAAUGAGCAGUAUUCCUAAGAAUAUUAAUUUAUCUUUACACAAAGAUAAUUCCACAUCAUUGAUAUGCGAUUAUCAUAAUAGUUCUUCCUUUCGCAUUAAUACACCUCCUAAUAAAAGUGUUUCCUUAGCGAGGAUAACUACUUUAAAUAAGAGAAAUGGAAAUUCUUUAAGCGAUAUCAAUUUUAAAGAAGAUACACAAGGCGUUCAAAUUUUUCAGAUAAAUAAGAAAACAGAUAGUAAACGACAAAAUAAAAAAUAUACACGAUUUUGUAAAAACUCUAAUCUAUCAUCUAAUACCAAGUUAAUGUAUAAAAGUGAUGAUCUCAAGAAUUGUAAUGCAGUGUCGUCUUCGACUGACAGUUUUACUGGUAGUUCCAGUAAUGAUAUAGAAACAUCUGACAGUUUUGUUAAUAUUCAAUUCGCUCAAUCAGCAUAUAAUCGAAAAUCAAGUUCAAUUCAAAGUAUGGAGUCUACUGAUAGCUUCGAAAAUAUAAGAAUUUCUCUUAAUCAAGAUGAUGUCAAAUGCAGCAAUAAUAAGAACGAUCCAAAUCAAAACAAUUGUAAAAAAGUUGAAAACAUUAACGAUGAAAUAUUGAAAAAAAAGAUUAAUCUAAGAAAUAAUACGUCUAAACUACCUACUAAAGCGCGAAAUUUUCAUGCUGAUGACAAGAAUAAUUCUGUCAAUAAUAUGACGAAAGGACAAGAUGCAGUAAGACAUUUAAAAAAUGGUUUAUCAUAUUACGGCGAUGAUAAUCCAUCGAGGAUAAAAACCUGUACCAAAAGUUCGGUGAAAAUGAAAAGAUUUAGUUAUAUUCCUCAAUACUCUACAAAGAAAUCCAUUGAGUGCGUUGAUAUUAGCAAUUCAUCUAAUUAUACAGGUAGAAAGGAUGGACGAAAAUUUCGUUCUACCGAUGAAUUAAGAAAUGAAAAACAAAAACAAGUUAAACCAAAACGAUUUAGUCUUUAUUAUACGCCGCAACCUUCGAGGAAAACAUACGAGACAGAAUCGAAAGAAAUUAAGAAUAUUUAUAAAACUUCUAGCAUAGAUAAUAACGAACGUCACAGUAAUGUUAAAUUAGUUGAUGGUAACAAGAAAAAAGAUGAUACACCGAAAUACGACGAACAGAAAAAUAUAAGAAAUCGAAGAUCUGUUAUAGAUGCAUCGACAGUUGCUAGCAGAGGUAAAAUAAAUAAAUAAAAUAUAGUUGAUAUUAUAUUAUAUCAUUAAUAAUAACAUUAAAUGUUAUGGGACAACAAGUCAGACAAAAUCUGUGGGAAAUGUAUAGAUUGAAAAAUGUAUUAUUAAGAUGGGUUCGGUGCCCAAAAAAAGUCCAAAGGCGUAAUGACUAAGUAAACAUAGUACUAUUAACGGUGAAACGGUGAAACGGUAUUAAAAAGUGACAUUAUUUGUUUUCAGCUUUGAAAUAAAUAACUGUGAUUAGAACAGAUGAGACACAAAUAAUACAAACGAGACAUGCCAAAUGCAUUUAAAUAGAAUAUUUUCUAUUUGUGAUAGGUGUAUGUAGUUUGAGUAAUAUAUAAGCAACAUGGUAGAGAUUUAAGCUUUCCAAGAAAUAUAAGUGCGUAGGUAAUUGAAGUUAUAUUAGUGCAUAAUUAGAUAACGUAAUUUUGACUGAAAUCAACUGUUUUUAUCCUACGACGUUAGUAAGAAAAGAGUCAAAAAUUAUGAAGCAUGUUUCCCUUCUAGAAUAUAUUUAUAUAAAUGAUUAUUAGAGUAACAGAAUUUGUCUCUAUAUGGAAUCGCCAACCAAUAUAACAUACUACGUUAACUUUUCAAGCCAAAAUAGAAAAUGUAUUAUAGACAAGAUUUAAAAUAUCCAACAAUACUAAAUAUAUGAGUAUACACAUUAAUAAACUGUCUGUUUCCAAUUA